AUGGCGCCUUCUGCUAAGGUCCUGCUCAAUGAAGAUCAUACCAAUGCUGUUUCUGGCGCCCUUGGGCUAGCCAAAAAUGGCAGGAAGCUCAAAAUUCGGUCAUACCCCAAGUUCGACACUUUAGUCGAGGAGCGGGAUUAUAGAAAGCAGCAUCUCGCCGCAGCAUUCCGCAUUUUCGCCGACAGAGGGUUUGACGAGGGUGUUGCGGGGCAUAUUUCAGUUCGAGAUCCGAUUUUGACCGACCAUUUUUGGCUCAAUCCGUUAUCAAUGCACUUUGCUCUUAUCAAAGUUUCAGAUUUAAUUUUAGUAAAUGAAGACGGAGAGGUUGUUGAGGGUGACGAGCCUAUCAAUGCAGCUGCCUUCGCAAUCCACUCGGAGAUCCAUAAGGCCCGACCCGAAGUUAAUGCUGCUUGUCACGCACAUUCAGUUCAUGGGAAGGCCUUCAGUGCUUUUGGUCGAGAACUUGAUAUGAUAACUCAAGACGCACUCCGUUUUUACAAGAAUCACGCCGUAUACUCAGAAUUUGGGGGCGUGGUACUCGAUCGAGAGGAAGGAAAGCGAAUCGCAAAAGCACUCGGUAAUGGAAAAGCUGCAAUAUUACAAAAUCACGGUCUCCUUACUGUCGGUGGAAGUAUUGAUGAGGCUGCAUUUUGGUUUAUAAGCUUGGAUAAAACUUGCCAUGCACAGCUUCUCGUCGACGCAGCCGAAAAAGGAAGUACCCACCAAAGGAAGAUUAUCAAUGAUGAAGAGGCUGAGUUUACAUCAAGACAAGUCGGGAGUCCGGAGAAAGGAUGGCUUGCUUUUCAACCUUAUUAUGAUGAGAUCGUUGCCAAGACGAACGGUGCAUUUUUACAUUAA